UAUCAUUAGGCCCAGGCCUACUAUUUUCAUGUAGGCCUACACUGAUUCCCACUUGCUUACAGUUUAUAUCUAUAUGCUGUCUUAUUAUCAGCUUAUCAGUCACAGUAGGCCUACGUAGGCAAUCAAUCAUUACGAUAACCUUCGUGAAAGGUGCUCUGCAAGUAAACAUGGAUUGAUUUCUUUUAACUGCGCUGAACGUUCACUGACUUCUAUACUCAAAAGUGGACUAAAUGGGUAGGCCUAUAGGCUAACAGUAAGCUACUUAAGAUUUUUAACAGGUCUGCAUUACCGUAUGGAUUGAUUAACUUGUGUCCCCCUGUUAUCACUUUAGCUCGUCUAAACCAGCUCUGAAAUCCCCGGCGCUCUUUAUCAAAACUUCUAAUAGCCUAGUCUAUAUAGCCUAUGCAUAAUAGUCCAUUUGAAGUGCAUCCAAUUCAGUGGUAUUACAGCUUAUCUCUUUCCUGUAGGCUUAGGCCCUGUGCCAUAUUACAAUAAAUCACAAAUCAAGGCAUUUAGGAGAAAACAAUUAUAAGAGGAUAUUUGUUCUGAAAUGGAUUUGUGUGGCUUUUUUGAAAGCCCAUUUACCCUAAUGAUUUAUUCGUGCAAAUCGGCCACUACUUUGACACUACUUUACACUUUGGCAUAAUGCUAGCCUAUACUUUUACCAACAUGGUAUUUGGUUCACUAUGUAUCAGUCUAUACAUAAACAUUAUGCUACCUAAAUGAAUUCUCCUAUAGCCUCUUGAUCACAGAUUUAGGCCUAUUGUACUUAUAAAUAGUAUACUCAGUUGUACACUGUCCUCCUGUACAUAACUUGGUGUGUAUGGUCACGGAUGAGAUCAUUUCAUGUCUGGAGCAGGGACCCUUGCUUUUGUGCGCGCCGACCACGCCCCGGCCCCGGCGUGCGGUGCACCAGGCUAGGUCAGCACACAGCUGCUACAUCCGGGCGCUCUGCUUGGUUUACAAACCCUGCGAAGAUGGCGACUUCAGGGAGGAGUGCAUUAUUAUCCUCCACGUCCACUGGACCUAAAAGCACACUGGAGAACUCCAACCCGGAGGAGGAUGACGGACAGGACUUAUGGUCCACCAUCCUGAGUGAAGUGUCAACCCAUUCAAGAUCAAAGCUACCGUCUGGGAAAAAUGUCCUGGUCAUGGGUGAGGUGGGUUCGGGGAAGACCACCUUGGUUGCAAAGUUACAGGGGAUUGAAGAGUACAUGAAAGGGCGUGGCCUGGAAUACCUUUACUUCAGUGUCCAUGACGACGACAUUGAUGACCACACUCGGUGUAAUGCCUGGGUGUUAGACGGAGACCUUUACCACAAAGGUCUGCAGGGAGUAGCUGUGCCAGUGGAUUCGAUCAGCAACACUUUGCUGCUGAUAACACUUGACAUGUCACGGCCGUGGAACGCCCUGGACUCCCUUCAGAAGUGGGCUGCCGUCGCUAGGGAACACAUCGACAAACUCCGGGUCGCUCCGGAAACGCUGCGGGAGCUGGAGCACAGACUUGUAAAACAGUUCCAGGAGUACACAGAGCCAGGCAGUGGGGAGGAUGGCACCCCGCAGAGGAGGAGCGAAGAUGAGGAGAGUGUGCUGCUGCCGUUAGGCGACAACACACUCACACACAACCUGGGAAUACCAGUGGUGGUGGUCUGCACCAAGUGUGACGCCAUCAGCACAUUGGAGAAGGAGCAUGACUACAGAGACGAACACCUGGACUUCAUCCAGUCUCACAUCAGACGUUUCUGUCUGCAGUAUGGGGCGUCUCUUGUUUACACAUCGGUGAAGGAGAUGAAAAACCUGGACAUCCUGUACAAAUAUCUGGUUCACAGACUCUAUGGCUUUCCCUUCCACAGCCCGGCACAAGUGGUGGAAAGAGAUGCCGUUUUCAUUCCAUCAGGUUGGGACAAUGAGAAGAAGAUUGCCAUACUACACGAGAACUUCCAGACAGUAAAAGCAGAUGACAGCUUUGAGGACGUAGUAGUCAAACCGCCAGUCAGAAAGAUUGUUCAUGAAAAGGAGAUUCAAGCAGAAGACGACCAAGUGUUUCUGGUAAAACUGCAGUCGCUGCUCGCCAAACAGCCUGCUGUGACAGCAGGGCGACCAGUGGACACCACCAGCAGAGCACCCACCGGUUCCCCCAGGACGAGUAACCGUUCCGCAGCGGCCAACGUAGCAAACGCCAUGCCACAGUCGGGUCAGACCAGUGAGGGUGUGUUGGCCAACUUCUUCAACAGUCUACUGACAAAGAAAGCAGGGACUGGGGGGCCCGGGACGCCAGGCGGUGGUAACAACACUCCAGGAACAGUACGCAAGUCAGGUUCGAAGCUGGGCCUGGGCGAUGUACAGGCAGAGCUGGACCGCAUAUCCAGCCGGGAGACCGACUCAGACCUGCCUAAUGCCAACGACACCCCUGCCACCGAUGGCCAGGACACAUGAAGACCAACGCACCCUGCACCCCCUCCCCCCAACUUCAGCCUCAUCUUCCACCUCCCUUGUUCUUCCUCCCUCCACUCACCUUCCACUUCAUUACAAAGAUGCGGGGAGAAAGAGGGAUGUUGGGGGAAAAAGAUGGGUGGACACACUUCUCCCUCCCCGUCAUCUUUUAAAUUUCUCCUCGAGGACAAAAACUCACCCUCUCUUCCUAUGGCCCGUGCCCUACACCUUGUUCCCCCCCGCCCCUCUCUCUAAACCCCUCUCUUCUCUUCCUGGCUGUUAAGCUGAGGGCGAGUGUUUGUCACUGUUACAUAAAGACUGUCUGUUACAUGAGAGUUAAUGGGUAUGGAGGACCAACAGGGAGGCUGGGGUGAGAAGAUAUUAGGCGGGUUGAAAAAGAUCGAAAGCCAGGGUGUUAUAUCCCUCCAUUUCUUGUGAUGGUACAGUUAGUGUUUUACUGUAGGAACUGCUGAAGGGCGCAUGUUGAAGAAACUGUACUUUGGUACUCUAGGGAUGAUUGUGUGAUCGUGUGUUUAUUGUAUGUGGGGCAAGUCACGCUUGGCCUAAGGAAGAGACUGAGAACAAAAACAUAUGCCUGAGAAACAUUGCAAACGGACUUGUUUUUUUGUUUUGUUUUUUUAAGAUGAAGGGAUAAACCUACCAGUAUUUGUGUGUGUGUGUGUGUGUGUGUGUGUGUGUGUGUCUGUGAGAGAGUGAGGCAGAUAGAGGAAAUUAAGGAAGUUACUUCAACUUAGACCUGUCUGUCGAGAGAUUUUUGGCUGUUUGCAUUUCAACCAAAAGGCAAAAAAACAUUACUAUGCUCUUACACUACAAGCUCUUAAAACAGUGCAUACACUAUUUUUACUGCAGCACUGUCUGCUAGACUACACAAACCAAACAUGACAAGAAAUAUACUUCAGAAUCAAAGUUCACACUCGAGCCCCAGUCCUGUGUAAGACACCUAAGGUCCAUCAUGGCACGCAGUUCUACAAUUGGCCACUCAUGUUACAUACUGCUCUAACCUAUAGAUAGCAGACAGUGCACUGAAAAUGGAGGGUAGUAGAGAGUAGUGGGGGUGGGUAGCUGAGCUUUACUUGUACAGAAAGAAGCACUAGUGAUUCAGUUCCAUAGUUACUGUGGGUGAGGGUGGUGGGUGGACAAGGGGGGGGGGUCAGAGCAAGGGAGGGUCUCACCAAGAAUGUACAGUCAUUGUCUCGCUGAUUGGUCCUGUUAUUUCAGAGCUCUGUGUUGGCGUUUGUAUAAUCAGAUCUGUUAAUCAGUCAAAUAAAAGGUGUAUUUAUUCGGAUUCA